UGUUGUAUUGUUUGGUUCCCAUUUGUAAACGGGAUUUGCUAGUGGAAUAAGUGUUUUUUUUUGUGUUGUAUUUGUGUUUUUAUAAUGGAAUCCGUGGAAGAACGCUUGAAUAAGGCUCGUCAAGAGCGCAUUGCUAGAGAAAAAGCAAGAAUCGAUAAGUUACGCGAGUUGAACCUCAAGAAAUACAAUAAAAAUGAGUCCCAGGGUCUUUCUAGAGCGCCGUCGACCGCUUCCCUUGCUAAUAAAACACUUAAUAGUACCAUUAAACCCAAAACGGACUUAUCAAAGAGCAAUCUCAAAUGUCCCAACACAAUUAGAGAGGUCAAGAAUCAUUUUAGCAAUGAUAAAAGACCUCUUACGGCCCCGAUGCUAAAGAAACCAACUGCAGAAAUUAAGCCAGUUAUGAAAAGCGCUGCUCCGAAAGUAACUGAAGUUAAAGACUCAAAAAUGGUGACUAAAAGCACAUUUCUUAAAAAUACUGUAAAAAAGGAUUUUAUUAACAGUAAUAAAAUUAUUGCCAAUUCUGUUAAACUGCCGGUAAAUGGUGUUAAUCAUGUCCCAAAUGUUGCUAGGAAAACUUUGGCCCCUAUCAAGAUGGGUAACCAAUUGAAAUUGUCUGAAAAUCAGUCAAAAAUGUCUGAGAAAGCUAAAGAAGCUACUAGAAAAACCAUGCUACCAAAUCAGCCAUUUGAAAAGGCAAAGCUAAUUGCCAGAAAGAGUAUGGCACCCGUAAACCAGUCCAAAAUAUCCGAGAAACCUGUAGAGUCCUCUAGAAAGAGUAUGAUACCGAUGCGGCCACUCAGUGUGACGAAGAAUAGAGAAUCUGUGUUUGAUCGCUUGUACAAGCCUAAAACGGUUCAGAAGACUGAAUUGAGUGACGCUGAUAGACUUCAACGAGAUCCAAUAUUUUUACAAAAGGUACUGCAACAGGGAAGCCUGAUUGCCAGCAAACGGCACACUAUAUUUGGCCCGAGCUUUGCCAAGCCCGUGACAAAGGCCCCGGUGCGAAGGUCCAUCUCUGCUGUCCAUCUGAAGCGGAUAAGCAAGAAGGAGCUGGGGAACUGCUUCCAGAAGUGGUCAUCUAUUGGCGAAAAACUGAACGAAAUCGACAUAACCACCACAAACGAAGACGACAAAGUGACACAAGACACCGUACAAUCAGCCAUCAAGAGCGAACGCAAGCGAGUGCGCCUCCAAACACCCACAUUCACCCCGAAACCGGCCGAGAUGCAACACCGCCUUCAAAAAUGGCUGCAAACCCGAGGGAAAUCCAUACACUCCUACCAACACUUACAGUGCUUCGGGAUACAUCAUUUGGCUGAAAAACCUAUUAAACCGCUGUUCAUUAAGACGGUUGACCAGUUUGAUGAAGGAAAUAAGGAAGAUUUUGAUGAAGAGAAUAAAGAAAAUAUAGAAUUGGAACAUGAUAGCGAUAAUGAUUCUUACACUGACUGUAUGAAUGAAGCUGUUGAUAAUGAUGAUGAUAAGACUAAGUGGAGGGGUAGAGUCAGCUAUGUGAGUGAUAGUGUGUGUAUGAAUGAUAGCGAUCAUGAUACUACGUUGAAUUCUGAUGAGGCUCCGGUUGAUGUGCUGUUGGGAGCGCUGAAUGAUCUUACGGAGUUAUUGCGUGAGGGCUUCGACUGGGAGCAGUGCGCGCGCUGGCUGCGCGCCCUCCGCACCCGCGUCCCGCACGCGCCGGCGCUGGCCGCCUACUGGGAGUGCCGCGCCGCACUGGAGGAGACUCGCGGGGACUUACCCGCCUCUGUCCAGUGCUGGGAGGAGGCUAUAGCUAAGGGGACACAGCACUCAGUAGUGGAUGCGAACCUGGACCAACUGCUGGACAAGUUCAUGCAGCUCAAAAUCAGUCCCAACAGUGGGAAGCGGGACCGCGUGGACCCCAAGCUGGUCGACGUGAAGAACGUCUUCAAGAGCACCAUCAUCAGGUUCGCCGUGCAGCAGGCUAAAUUACGCCAAUCCAACCAGGCCGACCAACCCACGCACACCAUGACGCCCGUCCGCCGCAGCGGCCGCCUCAGCAGCCACUGGAGCACCAAGAUUCAAAAAACGCCCCGUUACCAAAAAACACCCAAAACCCCUCUACAGAUAUGUUCCUCGAUUAGACAAGCUGGACUUAUAGGGGAAAAGGUGCUGUUUGUACCUAAUACCACCUUGUGUAACACUCCUUAACGCUAUGACGCUUUUAGACGCCAUCGUCGGCUAUACACGACAUCCAAAAACGCUACUACAUAUAUGCUCCCCAGUCAGUCAAGCUGGACUUAUAGGGGAGAAGGUGGUGUUUGUACCUAAUACCACUUUGUGUAACACUCCUUAACGCUAUGAUGCUUGGACGCCAUCGUCUGCUACACACGACAUCCAAAAACGCCACUACAGGAUAUGCUCCUCAGUCAGUCAAGCUGGACUUAUAGGGGAUAAGGUACUAUUUGUACCUAAGACCACUUUGUGUAACACUCCUUAACGCUAUGACGCUUGGACGCCAUCGUCGGCUAUACACCGUAUCCAAGAACGCCACUACAGGAUAUGCUCCUCAGUCAGUCAAGCUAGACCAUAGACUAGGAAUCCUCUAGACCGAGUUGAGUGCAAUUAUUUUAUGAAAGCGAUGCUGCCAAAAAUACUGAGGUGCGGGGGACGAGGUGAGCGAGUCCCGUGCCGUGAUUGGUCCGUUCAAAGACACGGACGUCACCCAAAGACACUUGAAAAUGGAGUAGAACUACCGUAUGCGUGGCAGAGGGGGUAGAGCUACUAUGCUCAGUCUGGAGGAUGUCUUGUCUGUGAGCUGGACUUGUAGGGGAUAAGGUACAAUUUGUACCUAAUACCACUUUGUGUAACACUCCUUAACGCUAUGACGCUUUUGGACGCCAUCGUCGGCUAUACAUGACAUCCAAAAACGCCUUUAGAGAUGUACUUCUUAGAUUAGACCAGCUGGACUUAUGGGAGAAAAGGUGUCGUUUGUACCUAAUACCACUUUGUGUAACACUCCUUAACGCUAUGACGUUUUAGGACGCCAUCGUCUGAUAUACCUACACGAAUACUUAAUCUGCUUUACGCCAGGUAUUUUGAUGUUUCUCUGGAAUCUUGUAUACGAUUUAUGUCAAAUCGAGGAAAUGUCCAUUUUUCUACUUGAUUGAGAAGAAUAUUGUAUAAAUUAUGCUUCAACCGCCCUUAACCCUUAACCGCCAGUCGGCCAUCGCCGACACAUACUACAGUAUAAAAUGAACCUAAAAACAUUGUAAUAAAGUUUACUAUUGCAUGUCAUAAACAGUCGUGGCGGUCAAAAGGUUAAAGGGUACGUACUGUACUGGGUAAAUAAUGAUGCCCUAGAAGCUUUAGAUUCUUUGACGUAAGCGCUUCAUGCUUUUUUUUAAAUAUUUAAACGCAAUUGAAUUGCUCAUAAUAAUUAUGUUAUGAUAUAAUGUAUUUUAGAUUAAGUUGUUUUAGAUUGUAUACAGGAUGGCUAAAAAAUAAGUGCAUUCCCGUUGCCAGGGAGGUUUUGGGAUUAUACUGAGAUUACUGAGCAACUUUUACUAUGGGACCAACCCCGAAAUCGCGUAAAAAUAUUUGGCUGUUUCAUACAUUUUGGCUGGUCUAUUUUCUAUGGGAGGGUAAUUUUUUUUGCGAUUUCGUGGUUGGUCCCAUAGUAAAAGUUGCCCAGUAGGUAUAAUCCCAAAACGUCCCUGGCAACGGGAAUGCGGGUCUAUAUUAAUUCGCAUAACGUAAUACUCCUAAUUCAAAUUGGCAUAACGUAUGUUACGCAUAAUUUCUAAAUCGCAUAACAUUAUUCCACAUAACUGAUUACGCAUAAUGUUAAUGCGCAUAACGUAAAUUAUCAUAACGAUGACUUGGGAUAAAUAUAAUAAGCAUAAAGUUACUUUGCAUAAUUAUUAAAUGGUAUAAAAUAAAUAUAAAAGGCAAAUUAAUAAAAAUGUAGAACGGCUGGUUCAGUAGGUUCAGAGAACGAAGUUUUA